CCCGAGGGCGGCGGCGGCUCCCCGGCUACGGCGCAGGCUGGCGGCUGGCGGUGCUGGCACUCGCUCUUCACACCCGGGCGCCGGAGCAGCAGCAGGCCUCUGAACUGAGAUACUCUCUGGCUGAUGAAUCUACCAGAAGAGCCAGGCUGAAGUUUUGCAUUGUCAACUAAUCCAGGGGACAGUGUGCUUGAAUACUACAACCAGAUCCUCCAGCCGUUCCUUUCUGAUGUGACACACGGCUUUUGGGUUUGACUUGUUUGCAGACAAAAGGACAAAUUGUAAAGGCAAAGAGGGAUGGCUGACGACCGGAAGGACGAAGCGAAGGCCCCGCACUGGACCUCAAGUCAGAUCGCAGAGGCGUCUUCCCACUCGCAUUCCCCGGAGAUUAAGGAGCCCAGCGGCGGGGGUGAUGGACUGGUCAGAAGUGCCAAUGGAUUUCCUUACAGAGAGGAGGAAGAUGGAGGCUACGGAGCACGCGGACAGCAGAGCUCAUAUUCCAGAACCAAAGAGAACGGGAUCAAUGGAGAGCUAGCGACGGGAGAGAAGGAAACAGCAGAAGAAGUAUCUGCAAGGAUAGUCCAAGUAGUGACAGCUGAGGCUGUGGCAGUCCUGAAAGGGGAGCAGGAACAAGAAGCCCAGCACAAAGAUCAGCCUGCGCCGUUGCCUUUAGCAGUCGAAGAAACAGCCAACCUGCCUCCUUCCCCGCCCCCAUCGCCCGCCUCGGAGAGGACUGGAACGCUGGAAGAAGCCUCGAAGAUGGAAAUCCGCGGCCAAGGAGGUGCAGCCGUAUUUGCCGCUGAGCCAUUUGACCCAACGGAGUCAGAGACAGGAAGUAAGACUUGUGAGCAACCUAUACACGAUGCCUUAGUUCCCCAGCCAGCAAAAACAGAGACUAUAGAAAAAACAGUGGGUGAAGAAGAAGAGGAAGAAGAGGAAGAGACACUUCCAAUUCUGUUGGGACAGACUUUGGAUGGAAGCCCGUUAAAAAAAGGAGACUGGAGUUUUGUAAAACCCGACGUCGAUUUAACUGGAGAGUUUCAUCUAUAUCAAGAAGAAGAUUUGUCAAAAGAAUUGCAAAAGCAAGGCAGAGCCGAGAAAAGGGCCGCAGAGGCCAAGAAAGUCACCAUUGAAAAAAUGCCCUUAAAGUCUACAGAUGUAAAUAUUAGAACGAGUGACUUUGCCCCCGCUGAAAGCUUAGGUUCCUUCUCACCAUCAGAAUCCGCAAUGAACAUUGCAGGCACAUUUCGAAGUGCCUUUGCUUCUGAAACUUUGCCACAUAUAUCUCCGCCAGAAGAUAGUAAAAAAAUAACACCGAUGUCCACAGUGACGGUGAUUACCAAAGACUUUGCACGAGAUAAAAGAAUGGAGAAAGACGCAGCAAAAAAACUGGAAGAAGAAUUGGCGGCGAUGGCCAGUCAUAUCCCAAAACCAGUUACAGAGUCGACGCCAGCCAAGAACGUUCCUCUUUGGGAAGAAGAGAAAGAUAUGACGGAGGACGAAAGUGACGAAGACAGGUACUCUGCUCCACACAGAGAGAAAGUCCAAGCAUUCGACGAUCGAAUUUAUGCAACACGUGACCAACCCACAAUAGUUUUGGAUGCAGAAAUCGUGGGGAAAGAAAUGGACCUUAAAUCAGCCGAUGUUCUUCAAGGAGAAGGAAGGUUAGAGGCUACUGCAGAUUCAGCAAUACUUGAUACGAAAAAAGUUAUGCAACACGAGACGGCCAGAGACAGGUUCAACCAAGAAUUAGCUGGUGAAAAAGGUAAAGAGGCUUCAGAUAAAGUUGCAUCGCCUACAGCAACAGAGAAAACCUCUGUUGAACCCAGCGAAGGAAAGGAUGCUAGAAAGGAUGGGAGAGGGGGCAUAUUUUCUGUUGCAGAUUCGGCAACUCGCAAAAUGCAGGCAGAAGAAGAUAAAUCGGGAAUGUCUAAGUAUUUUGAGACUUCAGCCCUUAAAGAGGACGCCCUUAAGGGUGAUGUGCUGGAGCAGGGCACUGAUUACUACGAACUGAGCGAUACUAAAGAACAGGCCUAUGACCCCUAUCAUAAAGACAUCUUAGCAUCUAAAAAAGACCCAGGGGAAUUUCAUCUAGAGACAGCACAACACCCGAGUGGGUCUGCCCAUGAAGUAGGGUAUAGCACUCUUGUUCAGGGGGUCCCAGAAGAGAAAUCUGAGGGACCCAGCUCUCCGACGGAACGACUGUACACAAUUGACCCAAAUGUGUACGGGGAUAAGAGAGAACUCCAUAGUAAAAAUAAAGACGACUUGACCCUGAGCAGGAGUUUAGGACUUGGUGGCAGGUCCGCCAUAGAGCAGAGGAGCAUGUCCAUUAACUUGCCUAUGUCCUGCUUAGACUCUAUUGCUCUGGGAUUUAACUUCGGGCGCGUGCACGACCUGUCACCACUAGGUUCAGAUAUUCUGGAUAAUGGCAGUGGGGACGAGGGAGAGGACUACUUGCCAGCCGCCACCCCCGCCGGAGAAAAAGCCCCCUCCUUCCCAGCAGAGAGCAGGGAAGAAGAUGAGAAAAUUGAAGAGUCAAAAUUGACAGAAGGAGGAGAUAUCCAAGUCGAACCCUUGCAAGAAUCGCCCUUUGCGGCUAAAGAUUAUUACAAGAAUGGGUCUGUCAUGGCUCCGGAUUUGCCUGAAAUGUUAGACUUAGCUGGCACAAGGUCGAGGUUAGCGUCCAUGAGUGCAGACACUGAGGCGGCUCAAAAGCAGUCUGUUUCUCCGGAGGCCGUUGCAGAGGACAGUGGUGCGAGCCAGCACCUUAUAGCUGAUGAAAACCACAUGUCUCUAAAAGCUGACAGUCAGCUAGAAGAUCUGGGCUACUGUGUCUUCAAUAAGUACACAGUACCGAUGCCAUCUCCGGUCCAAGACAGCGAGCAUUUAGGAGGAGAGGCCUGCCCCUUUGACGAGAAAAUGAGAAGAGGCAUCAUUACAGACCUGUCGUUGAUAGAAGUGAAGUUGGCAGCGGCCGAGAGAGCCAAAGAGCAGCAAGAUGCCUCUGAUGACUUAGCAAUGUUGGGCAAGGAGUUUGAGCAGGAGAGAAAAGCAAUCGAUAAACUUGAUACUGUGCUAGAAAAAAGUGAGGACCACGUGGAUUCUAAAGAAGCUGGAUCUUCUGGGGACAUUGAAUGUGAAACAACAAAGCUGGCUUCGACUUCAGAAAGUGCAGAUAAACAUCUAGCUGGAGGAGGAGAGAACGUGUCUUUGUUGACUGUGGGGGGUGAAAAAGACAUUCACAUUACUGCAGGCACAGGUAGGACAGGAGUCUCAUGCAAGCCAGACUAUGACGCCAUAAAGCACGAUAUGGAUUCUGCCGCUCGGAAAGUUGAGCAGGAAUACCAGAGUAAGUUAGGCGUUCACGAGGUCGAGUCUGUUUCACAGCAGAGCACAGAGCAUCAAGACCAGACCCUCCCCCCAUCGCCCCAAGAGCCCACAAAAGUCGAGCCUAGUCAUCCUAAAGAUGUCGUCAAGCUAACGGAGAGCGAAGUGAAGGAAAAAGGACCGAAACCUGACCUGGUGCAUCAAGAAGCAGUAGAUAAAGAAGAAUCCUAUGAGUCAAGCGGCGAUAACGAUCAAGCCCAAGAAAGCUUGCCCGAAGAAGCUGCAAAACCAUUUGAGGGCCAAAUGGAAGGAGAAAGACCAUCUCUACCAGAAGGAGAAAUUGCACCACAACUAGUGACGAAACAACCGCCCACAGAAACAGGCGUAUCUAAAACAACACACGAAGAAACAUCUGAAAUUCAAAUGGAGAGUAUACCGCAGGCCGCGGAAAGCAAGGUGGAACCUCUGGAAGCAGCUGAAGAGUCACCACCUUUUGAUUUAACACAACGGAAAGUGGUAGGAGGUGAAGAAGGAGAACCACAAAAGCAAGAGAACGAGGAAGGUGCAAAACAAGUCGACAAGAGUAAGAAAGAAGUAGAACAAGAGCGAGGGAUUAUGGAACAAGCAAAACGAGAGGAGGCGAGCCAGCAAGCAGAGGAGGGGGAAAGAAGGCAAGAAGAAGGAGAAGCAGAGCUCAAACAUGAGGAACCGGUGGAAGAGAAAAAGCCAAAAGUGGAGGAGGAGGAAGAGAGGAAGCAAGCUGAGCAGCAAGCGGAAGUGAGCAAACAAGAGGACGAGACGAAGCAAACGAGCAAAGAAAGGGACUUGGAGCAACGUGGUGCAGAGGAGAAGGCUGCCCCAGAGGAGCCCUCUGAACUGAAAGGAAUAAUAGAGUCUGUUGUUACAAUUGAGGAUGACUUCAUCUCAGUAGUGCAAACGACAGUAGAUGAGGGAGAAGCUGGCUCCCACAGCGUGCGCUUUGCCAAAACCCAACAGGCCGAAACAGGAGAAGGAGGGAUCCCGCCUGAAGAGGAGGCCAAAAUAGAGACGGCAGCUGACCUUCAAACAGAGACAAAAGAAAGCUCUCUGGAAGCUCCUGGCUCACCUGAGAUGGAAGGAGUCCCAUUAACAGAUUACAAGACGGAGACGUACGAUGAUUAUAAAGAUGAAACGACUAUUGAUGACUCCAUCCUGGACACAGACAGCAUAUGGGUGGAUACUCAAGAUGAUGAUAGAAGCAUCAUGACAGAACAGUUAGAGGCUGUCCCUAAAGAGGAGAAGGCAGAGACAGAGUUACGGAGACCAUCCCUUGAUAAGCAUAAAAAAGAGAGACCUAUAAAAACGGGGAAAGGCAGGACCGCCACUCCUGAGAGGAAAAUAGCUAAAAGAGAACCUAGCACUAUCUCCAGGGAUGAAGCGAGAAGGAAAAAAGCUGGGUAUAAGAAAGCCGAACUUGCUAAAAAAGCCGAUGUUCAGGCUCACUCUCCCUCCAGGAAAAUCAUUUUAAAACCGGCUAUCAAACACACUAGACCAACUCAUCACUCCUGUGUUAAGCGGAAACAGACAGCUGCUGGAGGCGAAACAAAUCAAACUCCUGGGGUGUUUAAGCAAGCAAAGGAGAAGCUUUCAGAUGGAAUAAACAAGAGUCCAGAAAAGCGUUCCUCUUUACCGAGGCCUUCUUCUAUUCUACCUACCCGGAGAGCCGUCUCGGGGGAUAGAGAACGAGAUGAGAAUUCCUUCACCCUGAACAGCACCAUUUCCUCAUCAGCCCGACGGACCACAAGAUCAGAGCCUAUCCGCAGCCGGACCGGAAAGAGUGGCACAUCAACCCCAACUACUCCAGGAUCCACCGCCAUCACACCUGGGACCCCACCUAGCUAUUCAUCCCGUACUCCAGGCACUCCUGGGACCCCCAGCUACUCCAGAACUCCCCACACACCGGGAACACCCAGAUCCGCUAUUCUGGUGCCUACCGAGAAGAAAGUGGCUAUCAUACGCACACCUCCGAAAUCUCCAGCCACCCCCAAGCAACUGCGGCUCAUAAAUCAGCCGCUCCCCGAUCUCAAGAAUAUUAGAUCCAAAAUCGGGUCAACAGAAAACAUCAGAUAUCAACCUAAAGGAGGGCAGGUUAGGAUUUUAAACCAGAAGAUUGAUUUUAGUGAUGUUCAAGCCAGAUGUGGUUCCAAGGAUAACCUCAAACAUGCAGCAGGGGGAGGAAAUGUGCAAAUUGUGACCAAGAAGAUAGACCUGAGUCACGUGACUUCAAAGUGUGGCUCGCUGAAGAAUAUUCGUCACAGGCCAGGUGGGGGUCGCGUGAAAAUCGAAAGCGUGAAACUGGAUUUUAAAGAAAAGGCACAUUCAAAGGUUGGCUCGCUUGACAAUGCUCACCAUGUACCUGGAGGAGGAAACAUCAAGAUUGACAGCCAGAAGCUCAACUUCCGAGAGCAUGCCAAAGCCCGCGUGGACCACGGGGCAGAGAUCAUCAUGCAGUCGCCUGGCCGAUCCAGCGUGGCCUCCCCGCGGAGGCUCAGCAACGUCUCCUCCUCCGGCAGCAUCAACCUGCUUGAAUCUCCUCAGCUAGCUACCCUCGCUGAAGAUGUCACUGCGGCCCUGGCUAAACAGGGCUUAUGAAUUUGCUUCGUUUAGCAGUGUUUGAAGUAAUAAUAUUUAGGCAUGAGCUCUUGCCAAGAACAGGCUCUGAGCAGGUGUUCAUAUUCAUCCUUUACCAUGUCUAAAAUUAAGUCUCAUCCCAAGACUGUAGUAACCGUAAAAUAAAACUGGGGAAAAAAAAUGAUAUACAUAGUUGCAGAAAUUGGCCUGAUUUCCAUUCUGAGCGGGAAGACGCUGUCUUUUACCGGGGCACAAUUGCGGUUUGUUCUGUUGGACAAUUCUUGUCGCUCUACGCUGUCUUGCAUGGAGUUUCUGUGCUGGGACACAACGCAUUUUGUGCCUGAAGGCCAUCCACCACAUCUUCAAGAACCUUGUUUGGUCUGUUGAUUUGCUCAUGUUACCAUUGGGUUCGUGGAGGGAACGAAGGGGUAUCUCCCGCUGUAAUUUAUUAAGGUUAAACUAAACCGGAGAGUCUUGAGUCCCGGGCAGAAGAGCGCAAAGUCAAGAUGUCCAAAAGAGCUGGGGGCAAGGUGGGGUUAUUUUAUAUAAAUGGGUUGAAGAAAGAGUCGGUUAAGUUAUUAACGUUGUGGAACGUGGAUGAUGAUAUCAGUGUAUAGCUGAUUCCAAUGAAUUAUUUAACUAAUAAUUAAAGAACGUAGUUGGGCGGAAAUUGUAUGAACUGUAUUGGGAAAGUGGCAUUUUUUUCUUUGUUUUUUUCCUUUUUCUUUUCUAAAACAGCUACUGAAACUAAGCAGUGGAACUGUGUCUAAUUAGGAUAUUGGCUAAGCAGCUCACUGGUGGGUACACUACUAAUUUUCACAUCCUUUCCAUCUGUUUGAUACAGUAUUAUUAUAGGUAUAUAUUUCUCUGUGGCCAUUUGUGAUCUCCCCCCUCUCGUACUUGAAUAUUCUACUUCCUUAUUCACAGUAUCUGUGUCUUUUUUGCACCCUUUGCAAUUUUAGGUAUGUAAAAGUAGAUGUUUAGCAGGGUUUUUUCAGAUUAAAAAACUCAAAAAAAAAAAGGACAACUCAUUUAGCAUGAAAUUGCUUUCUGUGACAUCUCAAAACUGUGACCCCUGUUUUAGUGCCAGAUGCAAGUCUCUUCUGUGAUAAGAAAUGUUAUUCUCCCUCCUCUCUCUUUCUUUCCUUUUUUUCCCCUUCACUAUGACUGACUUCGUGAGGUCCAAGUAAUUCUUUUUUUUUAAGUCUCCAAAAAGAUGGUUUGGGAUUCUAGAUUUU